AACGCCUUUUGUCCUUCGACAACGACAACCAAACAGACCACCUAAAUCACUUCGCGAUUUACUCAUACACCGUUCGACAUGGCGAAGGAACGUUCCGGUAUCGUGGUCGGCUUGAACAAGGGUCACAAAACGACUCCUCUGGAGAGCAAAGCCCGCAUCAGCCGCAGCAAGGGCCGUCUCUCUCGCCGCACCGCUUUCGUCCGUGAAAUCGUCAAGGAGGUCGCUGGUCUUGCUCCUUAUGAGCGCCGCGUUGUCGAAUUGUUGAGAAACUCCCAGGACAAGCGCGCCAGGAAGCUCGCCAAGAAGAGGCUCGGUACCAUUGGUCGUGCUAAGGCCAAGGUCGACGAGAUGCAGAAGGUUAUUGCCGAAGCCAGACGGGCCGGUCACUAAAAAUCGACUUCCAAGCGGUUUUUUUUGUUCCAUCUCGUUGUUUAUCAUUAUUUCGCAUCAUCCCCUCUGUUUUUUCUUUACCAAUGUGUGUUCGGACCUUUUUCUUUCCGAGUUCAUACCCCAAAAAAAAUUCCACACGACUAUGAACAAUGAUUAUGGUUUCUUCCUACAGCAAUUUCGCCCUGGAAUAAAUAUCAAGGCAGGCGAUGGAAUCUUGCUACGGACAAAGGUGGUUUGUGCAUAACAAUGGAGUUAUGUUGUUUAUGACGGAUCAUUCGGGUGGACAGUCAUGGAAUUACGAACUUGACUUGGAUCUUCCCUACGGACUGCCAGUCUUUCUUUGUCUAUCAGGAUAAAGAGUGGUCUCGAAAAUCUAAUAUCAAAAUUAGAAAAAACCUACAAUCCAAUUCUGAUG